UUAAAGAAACAACCGCACCCACAACACACCUUCCAUGUUACCUUUCAUUCGGUUUUUCCUUUCACGUAAAGCGAAGAAAAACCUUUUCACAUCUUCGUUUUUGGAUUUCUUUCUUCGAUGAAUAAAAAAAUAUUUCUUUUUUUUAGGGUGUUUACUGGCUCAGACGCUGCCAUAAUUUGUCUCUUUCAUUUAAAAUGAUGGCUUUGGUUGGUGAGCUACAAUCCAGCUGCCUUGUAUUGACUGGCCUUGGAUCAUGGAGUGCUCGUUGUUGCGUCUAUGAUUGCCCUCUUUCCACCCUUUUUUGGAUUCUGGGUCCUCCUUUAAUAUCUCCCUCAUACUUGUGAAGGAUAACAAGAGCUGUGUUCUGUUUGUCUCCUUCUAUUUUACAAGAAAAGUUAAUUAUCUUAUUGACUCCGGUGCUUUGUGUGUCGUGAAGAAAACUGGCUUCGUUUUGGCAUCUAUGAUUUGAUUUGUAUCCAGGCAAUUGUGCUUCAGGAGCUAUGAAGUGUUUUCACUUCUCCAGCAGGGAGAAAAAUGAAGAACCAAAGACUGUAACAAAAUCUGUUUCUGUCCAAUCCACUUCAUCUACAUCAAUGUCGAUGUCAACUGAUCGUGACCUGAGGAAAUCCGGGUCUGAGCUCAAUUCUCAGAAUGUAUCAGAUUUUAGUACAGAAUCGUCCACAAAGAACUCAUUUGCUUCUUUGUGUCAAAGACAGAGCAAUCUUAAAGCCUUCACAUUCUCAGAACUGAAGACGGCCACCAAGAAUUUCAGCCGCUCUGUAAUGAUUGGGGAGGGUGGAUUUGGCGGUGUGUAUAGGGGAGUAAUACGGAGCAUGGAAGAUUCAAGUAAGAAAAUCGAUAUCGCUGUCAAACAACUGAGCAGAAGAGGGCUCCAGGGGCACAAGGAAUGGGUGACUGAAGUGAAUGUUCUAGGAAUUGUUGAACAUCCAAAUCUUGUCAAAUUAGUGGGCUACUGUGCUGAGGACGAUGAACGGGGAAUCCAGCGCCUUCUGGUAUAUGAAUUUAUGCCCAACAGAAGUGUGCAGGAUCACUUGUCCAGUAAAUUUCAGAAAGUUCUUCCUUGGGCCACAAGAGUAAAAAUUGCCCAGGAUGCUGCCCGAGGCUUAGCAUACCUCCAUGAAGGAAUGGAUUUUCAGAUUAUUUUCAGAGAUUUUAAGUCUUCAAACAUACUACUGGAUGACCAAUGGAAUGCAAAGCUAUCAGACUUUGGGUUGGCUAGAUUGGGGCCUUCAGAUGGGUUGAGCCAUGUUUCAACUGCGGUGGUUGGAACUAUAGGAUAUGCAGCUCCUGAAUAUAUUCAAACCGGGCGUCUCACGUCUAAAAGUGAUGUGUGGAGCUUUGGGGUUUUUCUUUAUGAACUGAUAACAGGCAGACGUCCUUUGGAUCGGAACCGGCCAAAGAAUGAGCAAAAACUCUUGGAAUGGGUCAGGUCACACCUCUCUGAUGUAAGAAAGUUCAGGUUGAUCAUGGACCCAAGGCUCGAGGGAAAAUAUAACAUCAAGGCUGCCCAAAAGCUUGCUUCUGUAGCUAACCGGUGCUUGGUACGACAGGCCAAAACACGCCCGAAAAUGAGCGAUAUCCUGGAUAUGAUCAACAAGAUUGUUGAUACAACAGACAAUGGAAGCCCCUUGCUCCGUACCAAGAGUUUGGCCCCGAAAGAUGCUCCUGAAGGACCUGGAAGAGAACGUAUGAAAAAGAGGUUUUUGGAUUCAAUAUUUGGAGAUCAGAAGAGAUGCUGGUCAGCUUGGAGAACAUGGAGAACUAAGCUAAUGAGGACACGCUGAAAGCAAAAAAAAUGAAAAAUGGAGAACUAGGCAAAUAAAUCUUGCUUCGAUGAAGUCCAUUUUUGUUACAUGUGUAAGUAAAUUACUCUGUUCUACCUGUGUACCCCCGAUAUACAAUUGUAAAUGUUGAAUAACGUAAAUGAGUUUGCCACAGGAUUUCGUUGC